CAAACAAAGGCAUAAAAGAGGAAAAUGGAAGAAGAAUACAGGGGAAUACGCUACUAGCAUCGUAUCGUCAUCAUCAAAGGACUACAACUAUAUACAAAAAGUUUCUUACAAGAGAGAGAGAAAGAAAGAAAGAAAGAAGCUGCAAAGCACAAAAGAUUAAACGGGUUCUUCUUCUUGGAUUGGCGGUCCAGCAGAAAGCUUUCCAAUUUACCCAAGCAGAAGAGGAAGAGGAAGAAAGAACAAAAUGAUGAUGCCAUCAAUUUCACCAUCUUCUUCUUAUAAUACAGCCACAGUUUCGUCAUCAUCGGCAAUAGUUCGAGUGGAGAAGGCCACCAGCGAGUUCUUGAUCGGUCCCGAUUGGACCAUGAAUAUUGAUAUAUGCGAUACCCUCAACUCCAAUCAGUGGCUUGCAAAAGAUGUUGUCAAAGCUGUGAAGAAAAGAUUGCAGCACAAGAACCCUAAAGUUCAACUACUUGCCUUGACGCUUCUAGAGACAAUGGUGAAGAAUUGUGGUGAUUACGUCCAUUUUCAGAUAGCUGAUAGGAACAUUUUACAGGAGAUGGUCAAAAUUGUAAAGAAAAAGACUGAUAUGCAUGUUAGAGACAAAAUACUGAUGUUGUUGGACUCUUGGCAAGAGGCAUUUGGUGGCCCUGGAGGGAAAUAUCCCCAAUAUUACUGGGCGUACGAGGACUUAAGGCGUUCCGGUGUGGGCUUUCCCCAGCGUUCAUUAGAUACAGCUCCUAUAUUUACACCUCCUAUGACGCAUCCAACACCACGACAUCCACAGCCUGGCUAUGGAAUGCCAAGCAAUUCCUCUACUAGGCUUGAUGAAGCCAUGGCUGCAGAAAUGGAAAAUUUAAGUUUGUCAAACAUAGGGUCUAUGCGCGAUGUUCUGGAUCUCUUAGCUGACAUGCUUCAAGCUGUCAAUCCAAGUGAUCGCUCGGCUGUAAAAGAUGAAGUGAUACUUGAUCUUGUUGAGCAAUGUCGUUCCAACCAGAAGAAAUUGAUGCAGAUGUUGACUACUACAGGGGAUGAAGAACUUCUAGCUCAGGGCCUGGAGUUAAAUGAUAACCUCCAAAAUGUGCUAGCAAAACAUGAUGCUAUAGCAUCUGGUUUACCUCUGCCAGUUGAAUUGACAAAUCACAACCUCCAAUUGAAUGACAAACAUCAUUCUAGCAUCAAACAAGAUAAUGCUGUAAAAGGGAGUGAAACAACUAAUGGUAACCCUUCACCAGUUCCCAGGAUUCAGAUUGAUGAAGAUGAUGAAGAGGAAGAUGACUUCGCACAGCUGGCACGAAGGCACUCAAAGAUAAACAUAUCUGCUACUCCAGCUUCAACCAUGCGAGGCAGUGAUGGUGGCACUCUAAGUAACAGCAGCGAUAUGAGAGCUCAGGAAGCAUCUUCCACCCUGGGCAUGAGCGAUGCUUUAGUUCUUGCUGAUCCACCAGCACCAGCUAGAACUACAAAAGAGCAAGAUGUGAUAGACCUCUUGAGCAUUACGCUGUCAACUAGUAUGCCACCCGCCCCGCCUCAGGCAUCUACUUCCUUAAAGCAAAACCUACACGAGGGGACCGCACUGAGCACAGGAGAUGACAACUCUUCUGUGUCUCGUGCUUAUAACCAAUCCCAGUCCGUCAAUAGUUACAUUACUCCUUGGGCUCAACCUCAAGCUCAGCCUCAACGACAGUUUGAACCGCAGCCGCAACAGCAACAAUUAGCACAGGAGUCUCAAAUGCCGCAGUCUAAGUAUCAUUCUCAAUUUUAUAGCCAACAUGAUCCUCAAUCACAGUUUAGGCCCCAAGCUCAACCAACGCUUGACCAAUACUCUACUGGCUACCCUCCACCACCAUGGGCCGCCACACCUGGUUACUUUAGCAACCCGAAUCCUUUGUCUAGAUCUCCUUAUGCAUAUUCAACAGUUCAAGCCACAUCAUCCAUCUCUUCACAAGGAACCAGAACUUCACAGCAUACGAGCAUGACUCCUGUAAGUGGAAGCAAUGUGUCAGCUACAAAUGGAGAUGCACGGCUUGGUCCUGGGGGACACAAGCCCUUUAUUCCAUCAUAUAGACUGUUUGAAGAUCUUAAUGUUCUUGGAAACGCUGAUGGGAGAUUUAAGAUGACAAGUAAUUCAACUCCUCUAUCUGGAACUAACGGCCAUGGCAUGGCCAGGGGAGGAAAAUGAAUACAGCUUGUUGAUUUAUGCCUAGUCACUGCGUUAUGCCA